UCACACACACACCACACUCACAUUCACAACGCACAUACACACAUACAUACACACACAUUCACACAGACACACACAUACACAUUCACACACAUACAUACACACAUACUCAGACACACACAUUCACAUACACACAUACACACGAAACACAAACACUGAUGACCAUAACCACUUGUACACAUACUAAUCCAUACACUUAGUCACGCAUACAAAAUGAUGAAGACUUCACACAUAUUCACACUUAUGCAGACACAUUCUGAGAUGCAGACAUAUCGAAACACUCGCGAAAACACAAACACUAAUGAAUUACCAGCCACUCGAAAAAUGAUAUAUAAAAGGCUUGCACACAGGUAGGGACGGAUUUGAGCACGCACACACAGACACAGACAGAAACGUGCGUGCGAUGUUGAAGCCUGCAGACCGCCUCUAGUCGACUUAGCACAGCCCAGAAUCCACCAAAGCGCGUGGUUACGCCACACCCACUGCAGUCUGUCGAGGCCUGCCGAGUCUACUCUUCCUCUCUGGCGUUUCUCUCGCUCGCCUCUCCCCGCCCGGCUGUCCCGCUGCUCACAUCGCCAUGGCGGAACUGGAGGGGCUGGAGUUUGGGAAGUCGGACUUCGUCCUCCUCGACGAGGUGACCAUGGACCAGUUCAUGGAGAACCUGAAGCUGAGGUUUGAGAAAGGCCGCAUCUACACCUUCAUUGGGGAAGUGGUGGUAUCUGUCAACCCCUACAAGGCGAUGGAUAUCUAUGGCACGGAGGCUAUUGAGGCUUACCGGGGGCGGGAGCUGUACGAGAACCCACCCCACCUCUACGCCGUGGCCGACGCCGCCUACAAAGCCAUGAAGAGACGAGCCAAGGACACCUGCAUAGUCAUCUCAGGUGAGAGUGGAGCAGGGAAGACAGAAGCGAGCAAAUACAUCAUGCAGUACAUUGCUGCCAUCACCAACCCUAGCCAGAGGGCAGAGGUGGAGAGUGUGAAGAACGUUCUCCUCAAAUCAAACUGUGUGCUGGAGGCCUUUGGGAACGCCAAGACCAACCGCAAUGACAAUUCCUCCCGCUUUGGGAAGUACAUGGACAUCAACUUCAACUUCAACGGAGAGCCCACAGGUGGCCACAUCAACAACUACCUUCUGGAGAAGUCAAGGGUAAUACAGCAGCAGAAAGGAGAGAGGAACUUCCACUCCUUCUAUCAGGUGCUAAGGGGCGGUUCCAGGGACCUGCUUGGGCUCCUGCACUUGGAGAAAGACCCUGCAGUCUACAUUUACACCAGAGAGGGCGCUGCCGCCACUACCUCCAGUGAUGAUGGCUCCAACCACAAGGCUGUGCUGAGCGCUCUAAAAGUGAUUGGCUUCACGGCCGAGGAGAUCAACUCGAUCUACCGGAUCCUGGGGACCAUCUUGCACCUGGGGAACCUGGAAUUUCAGAGUGACGGCGAGAGUGUCCAGGUUGUGGGGGCGGAGCUCGUGAGUCACAUCGCGGACCUGACCCGCACCAACCCCGAUGAUGUCAGCAAGGCCCUGCUGUACCGCACGGUGGCCACCGGGGGCGGCGAGGUCAUCGACAAGGGCCACAGCGAGAAGGAGGCCUCCUACGGCAAGGAGGCUUUCGCCAAGGCAUUAUAUGAACGACUUUUUGGAUGGAUUGUCAGUCGCAUUAAUUCUGUGAUCGAGGUAAAAGACUACAACCCUGUACUCCAUGGUAAAAACACAGUCAUUGGAGUGCUCGACAUUUAUGGCUUUGAGAUCUUCGACAACAACAGUUUUGAACAGUUCUGCAUCAACUACUGCAAUGAGAAGCUCCAGCAGCUCUUCAUUGAACUGAUCCUUAGGCAGGAGCAGGAGGAGUACCAGAGAGAAGGAAUCACCUGGCAACACAUUGAAUACUUUAAUAACCAGAUCAUCGUUGACCUGGUGGAGCAGCCCCAUAAAGGAAUCAUCUCUAUCCUGGACGAGGCGUGUCUCAGUGUGGGCAAAGUGACCGACAUCCUGUGCCUGGAGAGUAUGGACACCAAGCUGGGCCAGCACCCACACUACACCUCCCGCAAGCUCUCUCCCUCUGAUAAAUCCAUGGAAUUCAACAGAGACUUUCGCAUCCUCCACUACGCUGGGGACGUCAUGUACUCGGUGGAGGGCUUUUUGGAUAAGAACAAAGAUCCACUCUUCCAGGAUUUCAAGCGGCUCAUGUAUAACAGUGAGGACCCUGUCCUGAAGGAGAUGUGGCCAGAGGGGCAGUUGAGUAUCACAGAGGUCACCAAGCGCCCCCUGACCGCUGCAACACUUUUUAAGAACUCCAUCAUCGCCCUGGUGGACAACCUGGCCUGCAAGGAGCCAUACUACGUGCGCUGUGUGAAGCCCAAUGAGGUUAAGUCUUCCGUGCAUUUUGACGACGCCCGCUGCCAGCACCAGGUGGCGUACCUGGGCCUGUUGGAGAACGUGAGGGUGCGGAGGGCCGGCUUUGCCUACAGGCAGCCCUACGCCCGCUUCCUACAGAGGUACAAGAUGACGUGCGAGUACACCUGGCCUAACCACCUGAUGGCCACGGACCAGGAGGCAGUCAAGGCCAUCAUCGACCACCACGGUUUCCAGGCCGACGUGGCGUACGGCCACACCAAGCUGUUCAUGCGCUCGCCCCGCUCCCUGUUCACCCUGGAGCAGGAGCGCGCCGCCCUCAUCCCCAUCCUGGUGCUCUUCCUGCAGAAGGUGUGGCGAGGGGCGUUGGCGAGAAUGCGUUGCCGGCGGAUGCGUGCCAUCUACACCAUCAUGGGCCGCUACAAGUGCUUCAAGGUGAAGGCGCACUUCUGGGAGGUGGAGAGGAGGUUCGGCAACGUGCGCAACAUGGCCGACUACGGCAAGAGUGUGGAGUGGCCCCGCCCACCUGCCGCACUGGCCCAGUUCCACAGCAUCACCUGGCAACUGCACCGCAGGUGGUGGGCGCGGCAGGUAGUGAAGAACAUCCCUCCCUCUGACAUGCCGGAGGUCCGGGCGAAGGUGGCGGCUCUGACGGCCCUGAGCGGAGAGCGCCAGGACUGGGGCUGCGACCGCGCCUGGGAGAGAGACUACCUCAGCAACUCCAGAGAUUCGCCCCAGACCAGCUCCCACUUUGUGCGCGUCUCCAAAGAGCUGAAGAGCAGAGACCAGUACACCAGCAUCCUGUUCUCCGGGUUCGUGCGCAAGAUGAACAGGUUCAACAAAAGCACAGACCGUGCCCUACUUAUCACAGACAAGCAUGUUUACAAGAUGGAGCCUCGUAAGCAGUUCAAGGUGUUGAAGAAGCUGCCUUUGGACUCUGUGGCAGGGCUGAGUGUAAUGAGUGGCAGUGACCAGCUGGUGGCGCUGCACACCUCCUGUCAGGACGACGUGCUGGUGUGCCUGCAGCGGGGGGAGCUGUGCCCCAACCAGGACCGCGUGGGCGAGGUGGUGGGAACGCUGUGUGACCACUUCUCACGGGAGAGAAACGCCCCUCUGCAGGUAAAGGUGUGUAGCUCCGCCCUCCCGCUGCACAUGAGGGGGAAGUCCAAGAGCGUCACCGUGGAGACGAAGCCCGGCCAUCCCAGCGCUGACUUCCGCAAGACCCGGGACGGCUUCGUCCUAUUGGUCCCCUCUCACUGACCCCGCCCUGUACCCACUGUGCCAAUACAGUGCCACAAUUAUAUAGCCCGGAAGUUAGCCUUUUUGAGCCUUGUGUUCCCUUGGUAGAUUUCCCAUCCAUUUUUCCCACCGGGAUUUAGAUUUCUGCUGAAUUUAAGGUAUCUGGUUAACGUAAGCUUAAAAGAGCUUCACUUUUCGUUCUGUUACAUCCGUUAAUAUCUUAACAAUGUAUUUUUAAGUCUGUCAGAAUGUGUAGUUUCAAUAUAGCAACUUGUUAGCAACGUACGUUUUUAAAGCACGUAACAGAUUCACGGUGGCGAUAUUAACGGAUGUAACUCAUAGAACAAAACGAGAAACUCUAUUAAACUUACAUUGACCACAGACCAUGUCUUUUUGAGUACAAAUCAAGUCCAUAUAGGAAAAAAAGCAUCGGAAAUCUGUUGAGGGAACCCAUGGUAGAAUAAACUUCUGGGUUGGCCUCCAGAAAUACGUCAUCACUGUACCACUCUAUACCCCUCCUCUUAUACCCCACUGCCCCUGCCCCUGUCCCCACUCACCUCAACACCCCUGCCCUUGUGCCCCUAAGCCUACUGCACUUACCCCCAACCUUUGAUGGUGGGGGCAGCUUCAAUGCUGGUCUUGUUGCUACUUGCCCUGGUCUGAGCAAUACUUCCUUUACUCAAAGUGUAUUACGUUGAGAGAAAGGCAGCUCUUUGGCCCCACAGAUGGUCUGUACUCCUUUGCAGGUUUUAAUGCACAUAAGUCGUUUUCUUAUAAUGGCAAAAAGAAGGAAGCCAUUUUGCUUUUUUUAAAUGAAAAUGUAUACAUUUGCAUUUUGAAAUAUUUUUGUAAAUGUCAGGAAUUAUCUUUGUUGCUUUCUUCCUAUUUGUAUCUAUGUAUAGUAUAUGCCGAGUCCAACGGUUUGCUCUUACAGGAGUAAAACAUUCGCACUCUCUGAGUACAGAAUUUGCAGUCACUUAGUAUCAAUGGAGCGAUGGAAUAUUUCUCACCCGCGUUUAUUCUUGGUAACAGAUCCCGCCGCAGUUUCGCCAAUUAAAAAUGAAUAUGUGACUGCGAA